CAGAGGGCAUUUCGUCAGCCAGAAAGAAAGCAUACUCCAGACGUGUAGCCUUCCUCGGUCAGUCUGGGAAUAUUUAUUUGGGUGUGAAAUGUAACCCAAUCAUCAACCUAGUGAAAUAACUUUCCAAAAUGGCUGGUGCCCCAUUCUGGGCAACGCAGGUUGCCCAGAAAACGGGCAUCGAAAGUUCAAUUCGGAAGGUUUUGCUGAAAUGCUAUCAACAUGGCCGACAAAUUCUCCAAGGUGUUCUUCAGAAAGGAGAAACUAUCUCAUCAAAACCAAAAGAAGUCGGCCGAAUCCCAAGAGAUGCUCAACGAGUAGAAAUCAAAGGGCCCGUUAUUUUACCAAAGGGAAGUUCCCAGGAGUUAAAACCAGGGGUCCUUGGUGGACUGGUGUACAGGGCAAACAUCAACAGUCUCGCAGGGGAACUGCGCAAAAGAGCUGCCCUUCAAUUUCUAGGCGGUAGCCUCAGUCGAAAUGCCAAACACACUCCAAUAUUUGCAUUCAUCAGCCUUGCUAUAUCGGCUAAUCAGAGCUUUGAGAAAAAGGUGGACCCUACAGAAAAUGUCUUUGAGCAGAUCCGAGAAAUGUUCAAACCUUCAUGUGAGGAGCAGGGCAAACCAGCAGCAUCUGCAGAGAAAGUCGGUUGUAGAUCAGGCAUUGUUCUGGAAGAUCUGGAGUUCGGGAAAAUGAUCAGCAAGGGUUGCAAUGCUGCCGUGUAUGAGGCUAGGCUUAAACCCACUCCUAUUGACGAAGACAUUUCCAUAGUUGAUACAGAAUUUACAGCUGAAGCAGGGGAGCGUUACAUCAUUGAAACUAGUGGAAUGGGUGAUGGGUCUGAUGACAGCGAGUUUAGUUUGACAGAUGUCAGCGAUGAGGACAUGAAUCUGGCAGACAGUGACAUUAGCAUCAUCAGUGAAGUGGAGGCAGAGGACACAUGGGUUGAUGUGGAUAAUGACGGGGCAGUGGCUGUGUUCAGCAUAGCACCUGUACUUACUGAGCAAGAAACAAAUGAGUUAGCUGCUGGGAAUGAUAUUGACAUAGCCAGUGAAGAUGAGUUCAACUUGGCAGUGAAGAUGAUGUUUAACUAUGAUGUGGAGUCGAAUUCAGAUGCUAUAAUGAAGGCCAUGGAAAGGGAGACAAUCCCUGUGAAGAACAAACUGGGCCCCAGUGAGCAAGAAUCAGCAGAUUUGGGAAGGCAUGUGAAGAAGAAAAAGGAUCUGCCUCCACACCCUAACAUUGUAGACAUGAGGUCUGUGUUUGUUGGGUCAGUGCCUCAGCUGGACGGAGCCCUGGCGCAGUUCCCAGAUGCCCUGCCCCAAUCACAGAACCCGGAUGGCUUUGGACGGAGUCAGACUAUGUUCCUGGUCAUGAAAAGGUACAGUCACACUUUGAGGGAGUACCUCAGUGAGAGAAAUCUUUCUCUGCGGAGUUCUCUUCUCUUGUUUGCACAGCUGCUCGAGGGGGUUGUUCACAUGGUACAGCAUGGAAUAGCUCAUCGGGACCUGAAGAGUGACAACAUUCUAAUAGAGGAAAGGGGACCUAACUCUGUGCAUCUUGUUAUCAGUGAUUUUGGGUGUUGUCUGGCUGAAGGAAGUGGUUUGAAGCUGCCUUAUCUGUCAGAUGACGUGUUUCGAGGUGGUAACAGAGCGCUGAUGGCCCCAGAGAUUGUGACUGCUGUUCCUGGAUUCUUCUCCAAACUGGAGUACAGCCAGUCCGAUGUGUGGGCAGCUGGUGCCCUGGGGUACGAGAUCUUUGGAGCGGGGAAUCCUUUCUAUCGAGGCCAAGUGGACAAACGUCUGGACAGUCAGACCUACACUGAAGAACAACUCCCAACAUUACCAGAGGGUCUUCCUCAGCCAGUAUGUACAUUGAUCAGGGAGCUACUAAACAGAGACCCCAGCAAGAGACCAAUUCCAGAGGUGGCAGCCAAUUUGAUCCAUGUAUUUUUGUGGAGUCCUGAGAGCUGGUUGUCAGGGAAACGACCUUCAAGAGAUGAAGUCACUCAGUGGCUGCUGACCUUGAGUGCAAAGGUUCUUUGCCAGGAGAAGGUCAGAAUCGCACGGUCAAGGUGUUUCCGCCAACCUUCAAAGAUCAGAGGGUCAUGGUCCGAGGUGGAGUACGAGCUGGUGCGGACCUUCCUAUCCAGAGUCCAUGUGGAUGAAAUGAUGGAAGCAGUCAACAUGAUCCAUGUCUGAUUAUUUAGUGCUUUCUCUUUACACGUGUGAUACUUAUAUUGCCUGCCUCCAGGAUAGGUUUGUGUAUAUGUGUAUUAUACUAUGCAUGCAUAGUGCUAUAUCUUGGAUCUCCAUGCUGUGAGUGUUUGUACUGCUACAAUGUAUUCAUCUGUUCAGUGUAGUAGCUACUGUAAAGAAUAUGUACAUCUCCCUCAGGAAGCCCUGUUUUUAACACAGGGACUUGCACGAAAGAAGUUUGGAAAGCUCAGUGAAAAUGGUCAUUUUCAAUGCUGUACAGAUCUUAUGUCACUUCUAAGAAAACACAAGAUGCCAAAACAUAUUCCUUGUUCAUACAAGAGAUAUUAACAAUGUGUGAAUAGGACUAACAGGUACAUUAUGAUAAUCAUAAUGUGAUAGAGAAUGUCACUAACCUGCGGAUGGUCGUCGGUUUCCUCUGGGCUCUGCCCGGUUUCCACCCACCAUAAUGCUGGGCGCCGUCGUAUAAGUGAAAUAUUCUUGAGUACGACGCAAAACACCAAUCAAAUAAAUAAAUAAAUGAUAAAGAAUGUCAAAACAGUUUAACUGCCAUGUUUACCUGGAUAGUUUGCAAGAGAAUUUUUACAAAGUAUGCAGAUUGCUCAUGGUCCUGAAUGGCUGAGUUAAAUCAAGUUAUACUAAUGGAGAUUCAUGAAAAAGCAUUGUUUACCGACGAGUUGCUUUCCCAGAAGGCUUUCUUAGAUUGUGUUGUUAACUUCUUCUUGUAAAUAUACUUCCAUAUAUAUUGCAGAUACACCUGGCAUGUUAGACAAAUAUAGACCUAUAUUAUGGUCAAUACUGCGAAUGUAUCAGUGGGAAGGGGUGUGGACACGUUUGGCAUAUUAGAAGCAGAUAGAAAACUAAUCAGUAAUUCCUAUUAAAUGAGCAGUUGGCAGGGUUGAUGAAUUUCAGGAUACAGUCACUGCUCUGUUAAUGCUAAUUAUAAUUAAUCAUGCAAGCUUAUAUUAUUAUUAAUGCAUAUCAUUAAUCAGCUUUCAAAAGCUGACUUGUUUUUCCCAUGCUACUACAUGUAUACCUCAAAUACAAUAUUGGUUGAGGUACCUGGAUUUCCUUAGAUUGAAUAUUCAGUGGUGAUGCUUUCAUGUUUGUGCGAAACAAAGUGUUUGUUGUUUAUUUACUUUAUGGACAACUGUAAUUUCGUCACCUCAAAUUUGGGGAUCAUUGACAGUUAACUGUAUAAAUGCCCACAGGGCCUGACCUACAUAAAAACUGCAUGGGUUAAUAUUAUUUCACAUUUCAAUGAAAAAUUUUGUCCAUGCUUAAGCAAAGUACAUUAGUUUGGGAGUAUCCACCAUGCCUUGGUUUUUGUGCGCUAAUUGUAGCAAAUCUCAAAUUUUGAAAAAAAAAAUUGUGUGGAGAUGAAGUGCAAAAUUAUUGAAUUAAUUGUCACAGUCAGUUUUAUUGGUUAAGACAACUAUGAGUGCCCGAGGUACAUGUAACCAACCGACCUGACAAGUCACUGACAAGCUUUCCCACAUGACAUACAUAUAGACGUGCACGACAUUUUGGUGGAAAGCUGAGGGUCUUCAACAAACGCAAGAUGUUGCAAAUGGCUUUAUCCGCA